AUGCAAGAAUUUAAAUAUCCAUUUAAAUAUCCCAAUUAUUAUAAAGGUCCUGGAAUACCAAUACCAGGAGAAAAAAAUAUUCCAAAAACAUUUACACCUAUAACAAUAAAUAAUUUAAAAUUAAAAAAUAGAUUAGUAGUUUCACCAAUGUGUCAAUAUAGUUGUUCUGAUAACAGUGGCCUUAUGAGUGAUUGGCAUUUAGUUCAUUAUAGUACAUUUGCUAAAGGUGGUGCAUCAAUGAUAAUUUUUGAAUCAACAGCUGUACAACCUGAAGGUAGAAUUUCAUUUGCUGAUGCUGGUAUUUGGAACGAUAGUCAAAUACCUCCAAUGAAAAGAAUUUGUGAUUUAAUUCAUACUUUUGAUUCUUAUGUUGGAAUGCAAUUAGCACAUGCAGGUCGUAAAGGUAGUACAGUACCACCAUUUUUAGAAGGAUCAAGAAAUGCAAUAAUGCCAAAUGAUCCAAGUGGAAAUGGUUGGCAAGUUUUUGGACCAUCACCAAUUUCUUAUAGUGAUUAUAUGAUGGUACCAAAAGAAAUGACAAAAAAAGAUAUUAAAGAUACAAUUGAAGCUUUUAAACAAUCAACAAUUAGAUGUAUUGAAUGUGGUUUCGAUUUCAUUGAAAUUCAUUGUGCUCAUGGUUAUUUAUUAAACCAAUUUCUAUCACCAACUUCAAAUAAAAGAACUGAUGAGUAUGGUGGUUCUUUUGAAAAUAGAAUUAGAAUAGUAUUAGAAAUUAUUGAAGCUGUUCGUUCAGUUUGGUCAAGAGAUAAAGCUUUAGGUGUUCGUUUAUCAUGCGUUGAAUGGACUGAUGAUGGUUGGGGAAUGGAAGAUACUAUUAAAUUUACAAAAGUUUUAAAAGAUUUAGGUACAAUUGAUUUAAUUGAUUGUUCAAGUGGUGGUAAUAAUCAUUUACAAAAAAUUAAAGUUUGUCCAAUGUAUCAAGUUCCAUUUGCAGAUUCUGUAAAGAAAACAUUAAAUGAAAAUAGUGGUGGUGGUGUUGGUGAUGAAAAUAAAAUUAAAGUUGCGACUGUUGGUUUAAUUAAUCAUGGUGAUGAAAUUGAAUCAAUUUUACAAGAAAAUCGUGCUGAUAUCGUUAUGUGUGCUAGAAGUUUUUUACGUAAUCCAUUAUUUGUUUGUCAAGUUGCAAGAGAGUUGGAUGUUGAAAUUGAUCAUCAAUUACAAUAUCAAAGAGGAAGAGAAAGUGAUGAUAGAAAAAAAACAAAAAAAUAA